GGCAAACAGAGUUUGUCAUGGACCUGGAAGACGUGGAGAGGAUUAUUCACAGUAUUAAGCAAGGUGAUCAGGACGCCAUCCUGGCGCAGCUCCAGAAAUAUAACGACGAGUAUUCCCUGUGCUUUUUCUUCAACGCAGAAGAGAGAGAGAAAAGGAAGCAACGUGAACUGGAGGAGUUCAGGCGCAAUAAAAUAAGAGAGUAUGUCCCCGAAUCUGAUUCUGACGUUGACGCGGAGGACACUGAGGACCCAGACCUCAUUCUAAGAGAGAAAUUGGCAGCCACCCUGAUCCAGUUCGUAAGGUCCCAGUGCCAGCCGCGGAUCCUUAAGGUGUGCUUGCGUACCCUGCGCAUUCUGUCCAGGGACAGGCAGGCCCUGGGCCCCUUGCUGGCCGAUAGUGCACUGCUCACACUGGCCCAAUUGGGCGGCAUAAGUGCCCUCCCCCAGUCCGAGGCGGCAGCGGAGGGCAGCGACACAGACCCCUGGUGUGAGAUUGGCGUGGAUGGUGGCAGCACUGCCGAUGCUGAGGCUGACGGCUUCAUCUCCCAUGCUGAUGAUCCCAGCACCAGUUUAGAAACUGGUAACACUGAGAUCCAAUCGGCUGGGUCAGAUGUGAGCCACAGGAAUCAGGUACAGGAAGCCAGAGAGCGGCACGCUGUCGGAUAUGGAACAGUGGAUGCUCAUGCCAUGGAGGCAGACCACAGCUAUGACCUCCCACACGCCAGAAGGAACACCCACGGGUGUCUCCUCCGAGGAAAGAGGGACCGCAUGGCAAAGGGGGACGAUGAGGAGGACAUGGAGGAGGGCGAGGUGUGGAGGAAGGAGGCAAUGAAGACUCUAUGCAACAUUGUCUACAACAGCCACUGGGCACAGGAGAGAGCCAGCGUACUGGGUCUAUUGUCAGGUUUAUCAGACAGGCUUGUGCAAGGAAUUCACACUCUAGCACCUCCUUGUGGACAAUUUUAUGAACUGCGCCUCAUAUUUCUCCUGACGGCAUUGAGGCCAGAGCUGAGAGCCCAGCUUCAAAAGGCAGGGGGUGUGUCCCUGCUAACAACUGCUCUGGAGCAGUGUUUGUUGGUGCAAUGGAAAGGUGAUCAUCACGUGCUGCUGGACCCCACAUUACCUCCAGUCUCUUUGGAGCGGUCCCAGUGUGCCAUCGAGAUUCUGAAGAUCCUAUUCAACAUCAGUUGCUGUAUUCGCAGGCAGCCACUCAACCAUGAAGGCACUACCCUCUAUCGCCACCUUGCCGCUAUUCUGCGUCACUGCAUGUUGUUGUCCUGUGAGACAGAGGAGAGGACAGAGGAACUGCAGAGCCACACAGUAAACCUGCUCUCUGCCCUCCCCUUGGAGUAUCUGGAUGUGCUGCUGUCUGUACCCCUGUCUGAGGGCUCACUGGAAUGGGAGGGCUUUAACAUGGAAUGUGUCCAUAGCCUGCUUCUCUUUAUGGAGCAACGCCUGCAGAGGAAUGAUAAAUUAAAGGAGAGACUGACACCGGUACUUAAUCUUCUAACUGAGAGCUGCCGGGUCCACAGAGAAACACGACGUUAUCUCAGGAAACAGAUCCUGCCCCCCCUGCGAGAUGUAGCCACUAGGCCGGAGCAGGGGGAUUCUGUGAAGAGCAGGCUGGUCAGGCUGAUGACCCAUGUAGACACGGACAUCAAGCACUGCGCUGCCGAGCUGCUCUUCGUGCUCUGCAAGGAGAAUGUGAGCAGGUUUGUCAAGUACACCGGCUACGGUAAUGCGGCAGGCCUGCUGGCUGCCCGGGGCCUGCUGGGAGCCAGGGGAAUGUUGGGAGUCUUGGUACGCGGGACGAGUGGGCGGUACUCCAGCGACUCUGACUCUGAGACCGACGAGUACAGGCAGGCCAAGGGGAGGAUCAACCUGGUGACUGGGCGGGUGGAGGACAACCAGGCAGACCCAAUGGAGGGAAUGACUGAGGAGGAGAUGGAGGAAGAGGCCCGCAAGCUCUUCCACAUGUUUAACAGGUUGACUCAGGACAAGAUUAUCGAGCCGGUGAGCGUGACUGAGGACGAGAGGCUGGCACUGCUAUGUGAACAGCUGAAGGAUGAUUCUUCAGCAGGGGACGACAGCGAGGGGGACACAUGUUAAGGGCAUGGACUCAUGGCUACAUGUUUUACAUGAAGUGUUUCAAAAAAAGAAAGAUACAUGAAGUGGAAGGAGAAAUCCACUGAAAGCACUAUGAAAGAGAUUAGGGUUAGUAUGGAUCCAUUCCAAGAUUCUACUCUUAUCUAGUAAAGCUAACUAAAACUUAAUUACUAUAAAAGUUUAACGCAUGAGAGAAGACUGGUAAUAGGAUUAAAUUGCACCACUUCACUGCAAA